GGGGGUUAAAUUUGGCAUCUAUGCAGAGCUAACAAGUAGCCUAAGCUCCUUAUGCUGUUUGACUUGAGGCUUAGUGACAGUUAUUAGCUAGCUCGCAUGCUAGCUUAGCAGGACUGCAGCGCGUGUGUCUGUUUGUGUGUUUGAUCACAUCCGUGUGUUAUGUAGCGAUUGUUGAUCGAUACGAGGCCAUAAAGCAUCACUGGGUGCUGACUGUCAUUGCGGUAAUAUAAAUAUAUAUGAUAUAAGGCUACGCUUAAACAGCAAGUGGAGGGGUGUGCAUCCUUUCGAAGCUAAGUCGUCACCAUGACAGCGGAGGAAACCAUAAACGUGAAGGAGGUGGAGAUCAUCAAGGCGAUCCUGGACUUUCUGAACUCCAGGAAGUUGCACAUCAGCAUGUUGGCUCUGGAGAAGGAGAGCGGCGUCAUCAACGGGCUCUACUCCGACGACAUGCUCUUCCUCAGGCAACUGGUGCUGGAUGGCCAGUGGGACGAGGUGUUGCAGUUCAUUCAGCCUUUGGAGUGCAUGGAUAAGUUUGACAGAAAAAGGUUUCGUUACAUCAUCCUCAAGCAGAAGUUUCUCGAGGCUCUGUGCGUUAACAACGCCAUGUCUGCAGAAGACGAACCGCAGCAUUUGGAGUUCACCAUGCAGGAAGCAGUGAAGUGUCUCCACGCUCUGGAGGAGUUCUGUCCCUCUAAAGAUGACUACAGCAAACUGUGUCUGCUCCUCACGCUGCCUCGCCUCACACACCAUGCUGAGUUCAAGGACUGGAACCCGAGCACGGCCAGGGUGCAGUGUUUCGAUGAGGCCUGCACCAUGGUAGCGGAGUUCAUCCCUGCCGACCGGAAGCUGAGCGAGGCUGGAUUCAAGGCCAGCAGGGACCGACUCUUCCAGCUGCUCCUCAAGGGAGUCCUCUAUGAGUGCUGUGUGGAGUUCUGCCAGAGCAAGGCGACGGGGGAGGAGAUGCCCGAGGGCGAGGUCCUCCUCGGCGUCGACAUGCUUUGCGGUAACGGCUGUGACGACCUGGACCUGUCUCUGCUCUCCUGGAUGCAGAACCUGUCCCACACCGUCUUCUCCUGCGCCUUCGAGCAGAAGCAACUCAACAUCCACGUGGACCGCCUGGUCAAGCCCACCAAGACCGGCUACGGAGACCUCCUCACCCCGCUCAUCAGCAAGCUGUCUCCGUACCCGUCGUCCCCGCUGCGCCGGCCCCAGUCCGCCGACACCUACAUGUCCCGCUCCUUGAACCCCGCGCUGGACGGGCUGUCCUUCGGCCUGUCCGCAGACAAGAGAGCGAGCGGCGGGGAGACGGCGCCAGGCAAAGGGGUCUCUCCCAUGUCCCACUCCUUUGCCAACUUUCACUACCCGGGAGCACGCUGGCAGAGCCUGAACAGGAGUCUCAUGAUGGAGAGCACCGACUGCCACAGCAUCUCCGAGGAAUCCCCUGAAACGUCGAGGACGGACACGCCUGUGGAUAAGAUGAUGGGCUCGGGCGGGACUCAGAACCUGCGCCCUUCCCCGGCUCCGGGCGAGGACGCUCCGUCAGCCGCCGCCGCCGCCGCCGACAGGAACGAGCUUCGUGACUCAACAGAGAAGUAUGAGGAGUACUAUCGGCAACGCCUCCGCGUGCAGCAGCACCUGGAGCAGAAGCAGCAGCAGAGGCAAUUGUACCAGCAGAUGCUACUGGAGGGGGGGGUCCAGCACGAGCCCCCGCCCAGCGAAAUGCAGCACAGCCUCACCGAGAAGUUCCUCAACAGGUCCAUCCAGAAGCUGGAGGAGCUGAAUGUGGGGAUGGAGGACCUCGGGGAGGAGGUGAAGUCUCUGACCCAGCAGUGCAACGGGAACACACCCACCUCUGAGGACAACAAGGAGCCUCCAUCCGUGACGCCGGAGCAGACGCGAGGGGGAGGGGUGCUCAGCAGCACCCCGCAGCGCGCCGCGGCGGGGCGCCCGGUUCAGCCUCCCAACGAGUCGCCCGUCCUGUCCCAGAGUGGACAGAAACAAAAAGGAAGUCCACAAUGUGACUCACCGGGCUCCUUGUCCCGAAGCAAAGAGGGCGACAAACCCAAAAGGCUGUUUGUGCCCGUGCACACUUUAGAAGAUACUCAAGCCAUUCGAGCUGUCGCCUUUCACCCGUCUGGUUCUCUCUACGCUGUUGGGUCCAACUCCAAAACUCUACGUGUGUGUGCUUAUCCAGAAACAUUGGACUCAAGCGGUUCCAGUCCAAUAAAGCAGCCCGUCGUCCGCUUCAAGAGGAACAAACACCACAAAGGGUCCAUCUACUGCGCGGCCUGGAGCCACUGUGGGCAGCUGCUGGCGACCGGCUCCAAUGACAAAUAUGUCAAAGUCCUCCCGUUCAGUGCAGAGACGUGCAACGCCACAGGCCCAGACCUGGAGUUCAGCAUGCAUGACGGCACCAUCAGAGACCUGGCCUUCAUGGAGGGCCCAGAAAGCGGAGGAGCCAUCUUGAUCAGCGCCGGAGCUGGAGACUGUAACAUCUACACCACCGAUUGUCAGAGAGGACAGGGUCUGCACGCCCUGAGCGGACACACGGGUCACAUCCUGUCUCUGUAUUCAUGGGGAGGCUGGAUGAUUGCCUCCGGCUCUCAAGACAAGACGGUGCGUUUCUGGGACAUCAGGGUGCCCAGCUGCGUGCGAGUAGUGGGAACUGCUUUCCACGGCUCAGGCAGUCCUGUUGCCACGGUAGCAGUCGAUCCGAGCGGUCGUCUCCUAGCAACAGGACAGGAAGACAGUGCGUGCAUGCUGUACGACAUCCGAGGAGGACGAAUCGUCCAGGUGUAUCGGCCGCACACCAGCGAUGUGCGAUCCAUCCGCUUCUCCCCGGGAGCACAUUACCUGCUGACCGGCUCCUACGACAAUAAGGUCAUAGUGUCCAACCUGCAGGGCGACCUGACCAAGCCGCUGCCUCAGACCGUGGUGGGGGAGCACGGCGACAAGGUGAUUCAGUGUCGAUGGCAUCCACAAGACCUGUCCUUCCUCUCGUCCUCGGCUGACCGCACCGUCACACUGUGGACACACAACCCGUAACACACACACACACACACAGACUACUGGUGGUCAUCUAAAAGACACACCUCCCUCCUCUAUACCUUCCUUCACUAUCAACUGUCACGGCCUUGUGACAGAAUUGACACGUCUAGCUUUAAACGCACACACAUAGAGCAACACACAGACCGGUGAAUGGGCCUUUCCCUUUCACUAGAAAACCCAAAUGGAUGCUGAGCUGUGACGUAAGAGAAGCACACAUGCUGCAUGGUCUCCCUUUUCUUUACAACAUCCCCCUUAUUUCCACCAUCUCCACUCGUCAUACAGUUGCUGCAUGUCCUUUUCACUGAGGAGUUGUUGAGAUUAGAGUGUACAGAGUGCUUUGUUCAUGAUGGUGCCUUCCUUGAGUUCUCAGUUUCCAUAAGAGAAAUGUAAACGCGAACAAACAACAUAGAUGAUAUGGUCAAAAUCAAAUUUAAGUCAUCUUGAGAAGUCCGACAUUCCUUCUUCCUUUGCAUAUUCAUUUCUUACAGCGGGUGUAAUGCUGCUAUUGUUUAGGAGAACAAGUUGAAUUUAUAGUGUGUGUCGGGUGUCAUUAGUGGGCUCUUCCUAUCACAAGCCUGAUUCUGCAGAGGUCCUAUUAUCCGACGUUGCUUUCCCGUGGGAUGUGCUGAUGUCCAAUGUUUAACCGCAUUGCUGCGACUCAAAAUGUGUAAGGUAGCUUGUGCAUUUGUUUUAAAUUUGAAUUUUCGUUGCAAUGGAAGGUUGUUGUGUCAGCAUCAAACCGAUGGUUGAGUCCCCUCGCAUUCAGCUCAGAAGCCUUUAGUGUUGGAAAGCAUUGGUUUGUCUACUGCUGUAACAACACAACCAUGGUGGGGGGGCAGUCUUUGCAUACAGCGAGCGUCCAGCCAUAUGCACCAAGAAACGUGGAUGGAAGCACGGGCGUUAGGAUAUUUAUUUAUAACCAGUAUUUGGGGCAUAUGCAUUGUUCUUUUCUUGCAUUUUACAUGCGCACAUUGUCUUCUAAUAUCAAUUUACUUACAAAGAUUCAUGUUUUAUGUUAUAGUAUAUAUAUAUUGUUUUAAGAAAUCAGGCCAAACUAAUAAGUACAUAGAUGUAUUUAUUUCAGUUGUGUUUAUGUAUGUACAGUUAUGUUUUUGAAAUGCUAGUGUAUUAAGCCUUUAUAGUUCUUGUUUUUAGAAGUGACUUAAAUUAAUUAAAGCUAACUCAAGUCUGACUGCUGGUACGUUCAAUAAAGUUUCUUUUACACAA